CUGGCCGGUCAGGCGCCAUCGCGGCGGCCCCAGCGGAGCGAGUGCGGCCGCGCCUUCAGCCGGGCAGCCCCGAAUGUUUCAUGACAUCUCUGUUGCUUGGUGAGUAAUCAGACAUGAAAACAGGCCCUCAAGAAUCAAGCUACGUUUAAGGAAGACUUACUUAGAGACGUUGGAGAGGACACCAUGGAGUGCAAAUCUGAGGGGAAAGAAAAAUACCAACACAGCUUGAACUUACUGAAUAAAAUCAAGAACAUGAAAGAUUUAGCGGAGAUGAUCGAUGUUGUAAUCGUCGCGGAAGGGGAGAAGUUCCCUUGCCACAGACUGGUCCUGGCUGCCUUUAGUCCUUAUUUCAAAGCCAUGUUUACCUGUGGGCUCCUCGAGUGCACCCAGAGAGAGGUGGUGCUCUACGACAUCACGGCGGAAAGCGUGGCGGUGAUACUACAUUACAUGUACCACGCGGCUUUGGAGAUCAGUAACGCCAACGUGCAGACUGUGGCCAUGGCCGCCUACUUCAUGCAGAUGGAGGAGGUCUUCCAGGUGUGUCAGAAGUACAUGAUGGCCCACAUGGAUGCCUCGAACUGUGUCGGCAUCUAUUAUUUUGCAAAGCAGAUUGGCGCUGAAGACUUAGCUGAUCAGUCGAGGAAAUAUUUGUAUCAGCACUUUGCUGAGGUGAGCUUACACGAAGAGAUCCUAGAAGUGGAGGUGCACCAGCUCCUGACGCUUAUUCAGUCGGAUGACCUGAACGUGUCCAGAGAGGAGAGCAUUCUGGACCUUGUUCUGAGAUGGGUCAAUCAUCGCCCAGACCAACGCACGGGGCAUCUCGUGGAGCUCUUGAAGCAGGUUAGGUUGCAACUGGUCAGCCCUUCCUUUCUGAGACAAGCCCUGCGGAGGAACACAGUGCUCCUGUGCGAUGCAAACUGCAUCGACCUCAUUCAGAACGCGUUCAAAGCCAUCAAGACGCCCCAGCCGCACGUCCUGAAUCUUCGUUACGGCAUGGAGACCACCAGUCUCCUGCUGUGCAUUGGCACCAAUGCUUCAGGGAUCAGGUCAAGACAUAGGAACUAUGGGGACGCCAGCUUUUGCUAUGACCCUGCAUCACGGAAGACCUAUUUCAUCUCGUCUCCCAAGUACGGGGAAGGUUUGGGCACCGUGUGUGCUGGUGUCGUCAUGGAAGACAACGCUAUCAUCUUGGCUGGGGAAGCCAGCGCCUCUAAACUCUCCAGACAAAAGAGCAAGAAUGUUGAAAUCUACAGGUACCACGACAGAGGAAACCAGUUUUGGGAAAAGUUAUGCACUGCAGAAUUUCGAGAGCUGUACGCUCUGGGCGCUGUCCGCAACGACCUCUAUGUGAUAGGAGGACAGAUGAAAGUUAAAAACCAGUAUCUUAUCACAAACUGUGUUGACAAGUACUCUGUGGAGCGGGACACCUGGAAAAGGGUGUCUCCACUUCCUCUGCAGCUGGCCUGUCAUGCGGUGGUAACAGUGAACCAUAAGCUCUACGUGAUUGGAGGCUGGACCCCUCAGAUGGAUCUUCCUGACGAAGAACCUGAUCGAUUGAGCAACAAGCUGUUGAGAUACGACCCUAGCCAAGACCAAUGGACGGAACGGGCGCCCAUGAAGUAUUCAAAGUACCGGUUCAGCACAGCCGUGGUCAACAGUGAGAUUUAUGUUUUGGGUGGGAUCGGCUGCGUCGGCCGGGACAAGGGCCAGGUCCGGAAGUGCCUGGACGCGGUGGAGAUCUACAACCCAGACGGGGACUUCUGGAGAGAGGGGCCCCCCAUGCCCACGCCCCUGCUCUCUCUGCGUUCCAACUCCACCAGCGCGGGCGCCGUGGAUGGGAAGCUCUAUGUCUGCGGGGGCUUCCACGGAGCAGAUCGCCACGAGGUUAUCUGCAAGGAGAUCCUGGAGCUGGACCCCUGGGAGAACCAGUGGAACGUCAUAGCCAUCGACGUCCUCAUGCACGACAGCUAUGACGUCUGCCUGGUGGCCAGGAUGAACCCCCGCGACCUCAUCCCCCCGCCAUCGGAUCUGGUGGAGGAGGGCGGGGGUCGCUGAGGCCAGCGCCGCCCAGGGGCCUCCCGUGGUGUCUGCGGAGGCGGCACUGGGCGUGGGGGGGUCCACACGUGCAUCCGUCACCUGGGACCCUUGCGUGUGCAUGCUAGUGGCCCCCAAGCAGAGCAGCACGUGCUGGGCACUGCAGGGGAUGUAGGGUAUGCAGACAGAGGGGACACCGCCUUUGCAAUGUCUUCCCCGAAGUCAGAGAAUAAGGACGGAGCUGCCCACUUCAGUCACAGUUGAGCAGCAUCGGGAAACAGCCUUCUCCCAAAAUAUAAUUUAGGAAUGUUGUUUGAACAGCCCUUGGACACCCGUCUAUUUCACUCAUCAUCUCUGCUUCUGGAAGCGCACUGCAUCCGAAGAGUGCAUUCUGCUCACUGUCCUUCACCAAUUUCCCAAGGGCUUCACAUGCACAAGACUCUUACUUAAGCAGGAAUAGCCAGUGGAUCCCCUCUAACUUCCCCAGGGGAGGCCAGCAUAGACAGAGACAGCUUUGGAGCAGGGCUGCGUGACUGUGUGGUUGGUGUUCAGUCGCUCAGUCGUGUCCGACUCUUUUCGACCCCAUGGACUGCGGCACGCCAGGCCUCCCUGUCCAUCACCAACUCCCAAAGCUUGCUCAGACUUAUGUCCAUCGAGUCAGUGAUGCCAUCCAACUAUCUCAUCCUCUGUCGUCCCCUUCUCCUCCUGCCUUCAAUCUUUCCCAGCAUCAGGGUCUUUUCCAAGGAGUCACUUCUUCACAUCAGGUGGCCAAAUUAUUGGAGCUUCAGCUUCAGUAUCAGUCCUUCCAAUGAAUAUUCAGGGUUGAUUUCCUUUGUAUUGACUGGUUGGAUCUCCGUGCAGUCUGAGGGACUCUCAAGAGUCUUCUCCAAUAUUACAGUUCAAAAGCAUCAGUUCUUUGGUGCUCAGCCUUCUUUAUGGUCCAACUCUCACAUCCAUACAUGACUUCUGGGAAAACCAUAGCUCUGACUAGAUGGACCUUUGUUGGUAAAGUGAUGUCUCUGCUUUUUAUUACACUGCCUAGAUUUAUCACAACCUUUCUUCCCAGGAGCAAGCGUCUUUUAAUGUCAUGGCCGCGGUCACGGUAUGCAGUGAUUUUGGAGCCCAGGACUGGGCGGCCUGCGCCCCAUGUCCCCACAUUCCAGCUGCUGACCCAGGUAGGAGGGGCCGGUCCGUGGAAGCCGGAGCUAGCUGGAGACUUGCUUCUGUCACCAUGAAAGGCCGUCAGACCCCGGGUGGGUUGUCCUGUGUGGGCCAGACUCUCAGAGGGCGAGGUCAUACCCGUCUCCUUGCAGGUGUACCCCAGGCGGCCACGGCGGCUCCCAGCACACAUGUGGUCUUUGGGUGUCCAACCUGGCGAUGCCCCUGCUCCACCCACGUGACCAGGGUGGAAGCUGCCAGGUUCCCCUGGAUUGGGGGGGUGGGGUGCCCUGUGGACAGGUCGCACACUUUUCUAGAGGUGCCGGUUUGGCAUCCAGGCUCUGGUCCCAGCUCUGCCUCUCAGCACGCUGUGUGGUCCUGGCAGCAUUACCUUCCUGAAGCCUUGUUCUCCUCCUGGCAGGAAGGGAAGGAAAUGAGGGAGAAAGCGCUGAGCACAGCGCCUGCGAGCUGCAUCACAGGCUACACUCUGUGGCUGCUGCUACUUUCAUUAUCAUCGUCGUCAGCAUCCCCCAAAGCAGGGUGCCCAGAACACCCCCCUUGGAGGGGAACUUGGGGCUCCAGGGAGGGAUGGGCAUCAGCUUUGAGAUGAUCUGAAGCCCCGGCCCCAGGCCCCCUGCCCCUCCAGGUCCAGGAGGGGGGCUGAUAUCCCAGCCCUGGUGCAGCUCCUCUGGCCCUUAUUUGUAACUCUGCCCUCCGGCUGUUUGCUCAAACUCAUGUCCAUUGACAGUCGGUGAUGCCAUCCAACCAUCUCACCCUCUCCUCCCACCUUCAAUCUUUCCCAGCAUCAGGGUCUUUUCCAAGGAGUCAGCUCUUCGCAUCAGGUGGCCAAAGGAUUGGAGCUUCAGCUUCAGCAUCAGUCCUUCCAGUGAACAUUCACAGUCGAUUUCCUUUAGGAUGGACUGGUUGGAUCUAGACGU